GUAAACUUGGACUUGUCAUCUCUAAUCACUUAUCAUUUUCUCCCAAACAAAAAAUGUUAGCAAUCUAGUUACUACAAAUUCCAGACUUAUGAAAUUUGUUCAAUUAAUCUAAAUAGCAGGAUCAAGUUUUAAAUACAAGGUGAGGCACCAUGGAGGCGGUUCCAAAAUUACCUUUGAUCAGUUUUGAAUUGAAAGUAAGCCCUGAGAAUACUCAUUUUGGACCUAAACUAAAACAGUAUAUAGCAGAGGCGUAUAGAGAAGAUCCUGAUAGCUAUGGAAACGAAAUACAUCAAUUGGAAGGCUUGCGAUCGGCCGCCGUGAGAGCAACUAUUGACGCAGCAGGUCUUAGUUCCCUGAACCGAUAUUUUUGUCAGCUGAGGGCAAUGCAGAGCCGAUUUCCAAUGGCAAAAGGUCAACCAGUCGCCUGCACUUUUGCUUGGAAGGACCUUUAUGCAAAUAUGAGUUGCUCUUUAGCCGACAUUCGGUUUGAGAUGGCGAGCAUCUUGUACAACAUUGGAGCACUCCAUACCCAGUUAGGUGCAGCAGAGGCCCGUACCACACCUGAUAGUUUGAAAGCAGCCUGCACCCACUAUCAGCAGGCUGCUUGGGCUUUCAACCACCUGAAAGAACAGUUCCCUCAGCCACCUGGUGCUGAUGUAUCCUCUGAAAUACUGUCGCUAUUACAAGAAAUAUGCUUUGCACAGGCCCAAGAAUGUAUUUUGAAUAAAAGUAUUCAGGAUACCAGAAAACCUAGUGUUAUCGGUGCGGUAGCAACUCAAGUUUUAUUAUUUUACAAAAACUCCUUGGCUCAUCUAGGACCAUCAUCGGGGACUGAUAAUAUUCAUGAAAUAAUUGGCACAAAGCUAUACAACCAGUGGCAUCGGUACCUGUCUUUUAAAGCAGCGUACAUUGGCUGCAUUGUUUGUUUAUAUCAAGGACUGAAUGCAGAAGAACAACAGAAGUUUGGAGAAAGAGUGGCUUAUUACCAACAGUCGGUAGAUAAACUAGCAGAAGCGAGGAAACUCGCUAAAUACAUAGAACCUGUGCAAGUGACACAAGAAGCAUUGACAUUCACUAACGAUGUUGUUGAGGGAAAGAGGAAGGCUGCUAAGAAUGAAAAUGAGUUUAUUUAUCAUGAGGAAGUGCCCGAAAAAGAUUUGUUGAUGGAUUUAAAGCCGGCUUGUCUUGUUAAAGCUGUGCCUAUCAAUUUCAAUGACCCUGAGAUCUCCGGUAACGACAUUUUCAGUAGGUUAGUACCGAUGGGUGCGCACGAAGCUGCCUCGUUGUACUCUGAGGAGAAGGCCAAGCUACUCCGACUGGUCGUCAGCCAAGUUGAUGCUAAGAAUACUGAACUGACAGAAUUCAUGUCCUCGUUGCAAAUUGAUCAGCUGGAAGUACUCGAUUCUGAUCAGAAGAUACCUCAAGAUAUUGUAGACAGAUGUGCGGCCAUGAACGCUAAAACGGAAAUAAUUCAAUCUUUAGUCGAUUCCAUGAACAACUUGGCUGAAGUGAUCAGUGAUGUUGAACAUUCUCUUUCUGAAAUAAAAGGAAUUAUUCAAGAGGAGACAUUAAAAGAAAAGGAAUACCAGAAAGUAAUGGGUCCACGUCCCCCGUCGAUAGUUCAGACGGAGAUUUCCCGAGAGUUCCACAAGUACCAAGAAGCACAUACAAGGACCAACGAGAGUAACCAGGUGCUUCACAAGGCGAUGACCCUGCAUAUUGCCAACCUGAAACUGUUGUCGCAACCCCUCGACGUGUUGCAAGCCAAGAUACCCAGUAUUGAUAAUAUAGAGGGUUUGGACCGGGACACGAUGAAGGAGAUGCGUCGCGUGGUGGGCAAGGCGCGCGAGAUGCAGACGCAGCGGGACGCGCUCGUGCAGCAGCUACGUGCCGCGCUCACCGCUGAUGACGUCACCGCCAAGCUGCUCGCGCGCACCAACGACUCCGCCGACGACAUCUUCCGCGAGGAGAUUGAGAAGCACGCACCAAAGGUGAAAAUAAUAGAACAGAACUUAGCGGCUCAGGAGAACAUAAUCAACAAGCUGACGACGCUGUACGCCACGUACGCGGAUUCGCGGCGCAUGCUCGCUGACGUGCUGCGGAAGAGAGACGGACUUAUCAAUGCUCUAGUAACAUCAUACGACGCGUACGAGGAGCUGCUGGGCAAGUCACAGAAGGGUCUGGAGUUCUACCGCAAGCUGUCGCACAAUGUGACGCAACUGCUGGCUCGUCUGCGCAGCACCUGUCAGGUGCUGCACGAGGAGCGCCAGCAGAUGCUCGCCAACCAGAAUAAUAAAGCUGGCAGCGUACCACCGGCAAGCACUGCAUCUGCAGCAAAAACUCCAGACACGAUUCCUAUACCAUUAAGUACAACAGCCACACCAAAACUUAAAGAUUAUCUGCCUUAUAUGAAGAACCGGGGUCUGGCGAGAAGCCGUACUCCUCAAGCCCAAGUUGAUCCUUUACCAGCUGAAACUUAUUACCCAGAAUCUAUUUAUCCCACUUCAGUCAGACCAGCGCCUGUCGGAUCUGAAGCUACAGAUAUGACACAAAUGAGUUUACCAGAUGGUGUAGUACCAUCCGCGAUGCAUAAUUUACAAAAUCCUUACGGACGUUACGGCACUCCGUACGCUCCGAGCGAAGUUGACCCUUAUGCUGGUCAACAUACAUACGCAUAUCCCGUGCCUGGGAAAGCUAACGUCGACAAACCUAUAGAUGAUAUGUCCACAUACAGCUAUACAUCUUACACACCGCCGCAGUACUCCAGUAUGGCCGACCCUCAGACUUAUACGAAUCCGUAUUACUCCGCCACUCACAAUAAUGCUACGAUUCUCACAGAUUCUCAAGGUUCUAUUAACUACCAAAAUAUCAAUCAAGCGAACCCGAACGCGAACACGAACGUGCAACCUUAUAAUGUAUACGAUCCGUAUUCGCACGUGAGCCAAGCUGGUCCUAUACCAGAUAGUAUGUCGAUGUAUAAUUCGGCGAAUCAAGAACAGUUGACGGCGAACUUUGCCCAGAUGCAAGUCACCGCACCGCUCAAUCAACAGAACAAAUCUGAAUCCUCCACCAACUUGGGUACUGAAUAUUCGCAAACGUUUUACACGAUGCAGUACCAACAUGUGCCCUCAGCCAACAUGGCCACGUACAGCCACGCGCCUCAGGACUCCCAAACGAGCAGCGUUUCCUCCCAGCUGCCUUCAGAAUAUAGUUUAAAUUAUAACUACACCGCAGAAAUGGCUAACCAGUACCCACAAAAUAUUCAACCGAAUGUAUCCAGUGCGUAUGGUACCCAGUAUCAAGAUACUGCAAACAUAUCGCAAAAUUACAUGUAUACAAACGCGGAGAGCUCCGUUACUUCUACUACUUGUGUUGUCAACGCUCCAGUCACUGUCUCUAAUCCUUACAGUGUCCCCGCUGAGCCUAAUCCGGAAUACAAUACUUCAAUGUCACAACUUGAGGCAUUGGACAAACCUAUCAAGUCACAUGUCACUGGAGAAGCAUUGUCAUCCAUGGAUAUCCAAUCGAGCUAUCAGAAUUAUACAACCGGCUUAAAUGCCUCGAAUGACCCAAACUAUCAAAAUCCUAAUACCUAUUACCAGGAUCAAAAUUAUCAAAAUCAUCCGGGAUACACUUUUAACAAUUCCACCGGUAGUUAUGACUACAACUAUGGAUCACAGAAUUCGUAUUCCAACUAUGGAGGUGUCGAGCAAACGAAUAUGGACCCUCAGUUAACUGGCAAAGAUCCAAAUUGGAAUCAACAAACGAUGUACACAAAUGCAGGAGUGUGUAACACAGUGCAGUCACCUUCGGACAAUCCUCAGAUACAACAGGUCUCUAAUGAACAUCCGAUUAAUACUCAGAUAUACUAUAAUCAUCCUUAUGGCUAUCAAAAUAACCAAGUGCCUAAUGCCAGUCAGCCUAACGUAGCUCCUCAACAGAACUUUCCGGAAGCAACAAAUUACACUUCAGAAAUGAAUCACUCUACAUAUAUGCAGUCCGGAGUUGUUCCCGGAACAAAUGUCACUUAUAUUGAUAAUCAAGUUUCACCACCGAAAGAAAAAAAAAUCGAACGAAACAUCGAGACGAAGAAGGAGAAUGCAGUAAUAAAGACAGUCGAAUCGGAGCCUGAAGUGAAACAGACUGAAGAGAAAUUGGAAGUAAAAUCUGAACCGUCUGCUUUUGAUUUACUCUCUGAUAUAGAUUUCAAUGUAGAUUACAAGCCAUUGAUGCCUGAAAUAAAAGUGCCUCAAGUAUCUGAUAAAGUUGUUAUAAAACCAACUAUCGUACCAAAACUAGAACCUAUAUCUAAACCGGUACCAAAGGAAGAAACUAUAGAACGUCCAGCAAAACAAGAUAUCUUCUCCGAUCCAAGUUUGUUGAACAAAUUCACACAGGAAGUGAAACAAUUGCAGAAUAUGACUGAUUCAUUGACAAAUAGAACUAUAGGGGGUGUUACUAUUUUAGAUGCUAAAUGGAAGAUGUUACAGGAUGUUCAGAUGAAAGAAAACAUGAGUCGAACGAAAACAGUUGCUAUGCAGUAUUCUGAAGGAAAUAUUGCAUCUGCAGUUGUACCUUACGAUGACUCUAUGGUCGUGCUUAAAUCUGAUCCUGAUGCUUACAUCAAUGCUUCUUAUUAUAAGCAAUUGUCUCCAUGGUGUAUACCUCUAAUGAUAUCAAAAUGUCCGACGGAAAAUGACGCCGGAACAUUCUGGAAGGCAAUUCUCGAAUACAAGAUUGCGUGCGUUGUUUGCUUGUUGAGUGAGAUUGAGAUGCAAGGUAAAUCAUACUGGCCAACAGGAAAGGGCCAAUCCCUAGACCUGGGCGGUGUGAGGGUAACUCUGGAGGAAGUGACUUGCACCGUGCACUGGACAGAGAGAAUCCUGAUCCUGAGCAACGGGAAAACAGUUCACAAUGUCACUCAUUACCAGAUUAAUGUGUUUCCAGCCAAUAUAUCAUGCAGCGGGCUGGUGGUGGUGUGCGAGCGCGUGAUGUCGCGCACGUACUCGGGGCGGGUGAGCAACCAGUUGCGCGGCGCGUGCCUGCAGUGCGGCGCGGGCGCAGGUCGCAGCGCGCUGCUCGCCGUGCUGCUCCUCGCCAUGUGCCAGGUGCGCGCCGGUGACGUCGCACUCUGCGAUAUGUUGGAGAAUGCGUGCAUAAAUCUGUACAAGCAUCGCACCAAUGUGCUGGAGGACACCAAAUACUUGGCGGACGCCUACAAAAGUGUCCUCUUCUACGCGCAAGGCGUCCUCUGCUCCGGUACCACAAUGUUCAACGGAGAAGCGGUAUCAAUGCAAAGUGGGGCGGGAGUACUACCGCGAGGGCCUACCGCUGCGAUAUCCGCGGCUACCCCGAACACUACCCCUACAGGUAGUGAUGCUACCGCUACCCGCGUACAGAAGUUCUCCCGUGAAUCCUUCGAAGAGAUGCGACAAUCUCCCGGCCUUAAGAGCGGGGAUAUGAAGGACCCUCUCAAUUUCCUAGACCCACUCUGGAGCCUGAAGAAAAAGUGAUAAUUUAUGACCUUACAAAUGUGAUAAUGUUUUAAAUAUAUAGAUUUUUUGCCAAAAUUCCACUUGUUCAAUAUUUAUUGCGUAGCUAUAAACGAUGAAAGUAUUUUAAAUUUUAAUUUAUUGAUAUCCCAGAAUUUUGAAGUAUCCACACACGUUAAUAUUAAUAUAGACAUGACCUUACGUAAUAUCUUUUUCUUAUUCGAUUUUGAGCAUAAAUUACACAAGAAAAGCGAAACAUAUUAAUGGUGCGUCGUAUAAAAGGUUUGUGAUACUUUGGGAUCAAAUAUUACAAGCGCAUCUAUACAUUUCUUUCGUUCAACACGUGGAUAGUACAUAGGUAGAGUUAUUAUAAAGCAAACAUUUAUUAGUUCAGUAUAUAUGUAUUAACCUGUUAAUUACGAGAAAUUAUCAUUAAAUAUAGACUUUGAUAUAUGUAAUUGGAUUUGUAAUUAUGCGACUGAAUUAUAUGUCGAUCAAAGAUAUGACCUUAAGGUCAAAGUCAAAGUUCCUUCAGUUCUCAAGGAUUGUCGCUUAAUUUACUUCUCUUUCAUUAUUGGUUUCUGAGACCCGAAUCUCUGUAUAUCGUCAUCCUUCUCAUUAUCUUUGACAACAG